GCAAAACCUCCAUCGUCCGCCGCCUGCUCUCUGAGGAGCACUUUGUGGAGAAUCACAUUCCAACGGUGGAGGAGCUGUACCAGCUGGAGUACAAGUCCCGCGGCUCGGACGUGACGCUGGUGCUUGACCUGCUCGACACCUCGGGCAGCUAUCCCUUUCCAGCAAUGCGCGAGCUGGCAAUUCGCUCUGCGGACGCCUUUCUGCUGGUGUACGCCGUCGACGACGCCGACUCCUACGAGGAGGUGAUUCGCCUGAAGGAGCACAUCUACGCGCUGCGAGGCGAAACUGGCGUCCCGCCGGUGGUCGUCGUCGCCAACAAGACCGAUCUGGUGGGAAGCCGUGUCAUCGACACCAACCUGGUCGACUCGGUGGUGAGCAUCGACUGGGAGUUUGGCCACGUCUGCUGCUCGGCAAAGGCCAACGAGAACGUCUCGCGCAUCUUCACGCAACUGGUCCGCCAAAAGAUCCAGCUGGAGCGCCUGGAGCUGGAGCGUGGAGUUGCAGUUGGAGGUAAUUUCCCUGACAACGAGAGCGACGGCGGAAACUCCGUAGAGGCGGAGGUGUCGCCGCUCAGCCGCGCCUCCAUUAGCUCCUCGGAAAGGCUCUUUUUUGGCGGCUCGCUGGAAGAGCCUCCUCAUCACCACCACCACUUUGGGAGUUUCAGCUUCGGCAGCAACCACAGCCUGGAGUCAAACUCGGUGGACUCGCGCAAGAGCUCCAUCACCGACUCGGAGCUGGAGUUUCGCCUGAAACAGGGCUUCAAGAACGGCUCCAACUGCAUCAUCUCGUAG